AUGGGGCUUUCAAAAGUCCAGCUAUGGCCAAUGCUGCUGUGGGCAUUGGUGUGGGUGCAGAGUUCAAGAUCUGCGUGCCCGUCCUGUGGGGGCCCAACACUGGCACCCCAAGGAGAACGCGCUCUGGUCCUGGAGCUAGCCAAGCAGCAAAUCCUGGAGGGACUGCACCUAACCAGCCGUCCCAGAAUAACUCGCCCUCUGCCCCGGGCAGCACUGACUAGAGCCCUCCGGAGACUGCAGCCCAGGAGCAUGGUCCCUGACAACCGAGAGAAAGUCAUCAGUUUUGCUACCGUCAUAGACAAAUCAACUUCAACCUUCCGCUCCAUGCUCACCUUCCAGCUGUCCCCUCUUUGGUCCCACGACCUGUACCAUGCCCGCCUCUGGCUGCAUGUGCCCCCCUCUUUUCCGGGCACUCUGUAUCUGAGGAUCUUCCGUUGCGGCACCACGAGGUGCCGAGGAUCCAGCACCUUCCUAGCUGAGCACCAAACCACUUCCCCUGGCUGGCACGCCCUGACUCUGCCCUCUAGCGGCUUGCGGAGUGAGGAAUCCGGAGUCGUGAAACUCCAACUGCAAUUCAGAGCCCUGGACCGUAACAGCUCUGCAGCGGGGCUGCCACGGCUGCUCUUGGACACAGCGGAACAGCAGCGUCCCUUCUUGGAAUUUAAGAUCCGAGCUAAUGAACCCGGAGCAGGCCGGGCCAGGAGGAGGACUCCCACCUGCGAGCCUGAGACCCCCUUAUGCUGUAGGCGAGACCACUAUGUCGACUUCCAGGAGCUGGGCUGGCGAGACUGGAUCCUGCAGCCGGAGGGAUACCAGCUGAAUUACUGCAGCGGGCAGUGCCCGCCCCACCUGGCUGGCAGCCCUGGCAUUGCUGCCUCCUUCCACUCGGCCGUCUUUAGCCUCCUCAAAGCCAACAACCCUUGGCCUGCGGGUUCUUCCUGCUGUGUCCCCACAGCGCGAAGGCCUCUGUCCCUCCUCUACCUUGACCAUAAUGGUAAUGUGGUCAAGACCGAUGUGCCAGACAUGGUCGUAGAGGCCUGUGGCUGCAGCUAG